GUACUGGUACUUCAAUCAAAAUCAAAACUAUCGAAAGCUCGAGAGCUGAGCGGGAUGAAUACGAUGAUAAAACGUAUUUUGCAGAUCACCCUUAUCUUUUAUCUGAUUGUGACUGCCUACACCUUGUAUGUACUCUUGUUAGCUCCAGAUGAGAAGAAGAAUGUCCAUCAAGACCAGGGGGUUCUAGGUAACGCUGAGAUCAAGAAGCCCAAACCAAAGCCUGUGAUACCAGAUCACCAAGAUGUAUUUGCCAAAGUACCCAUUCAAGCCAAGAAUAGUACCUAUUCAAUUGAAAUCUGGAGCAAAGUAGGCCUAGGCUCAUAUACUUGGGAGCAUAUAUUAAAUGGAAAGCUUGAAUCAAGACUUGAUGGUAUUUGGUUCUAUGGUGAACUUCAAAUGCACAACUUGAAGUUCAGAAUGCGUGACGGAGAUGGGGUUCAACCAGAUAAAGUCCCUCAGGACAUAGAGAAUGUUAUGCUUAUUUUAAAUGGGAGAGCUCCAGACAAAGAGGAAUACACACGAUACUGGCUUGACUAUCUUGGAUCAUAUUCACAACUUAGACGGGUAGUUUUGAUGCUGAUUGGUAAUGAGCAAUGCCAGAAUGAUUGGGUACUUCCUUACAUGAAGAGCAGGGGUGGACCUGUUGAUAGACUCUUCAUCGUUUACGAUACUCUCAUUGUCAAUGGUGAUGAUAUUAUGCAGUGGCCCCUUGGUGUAGCAACGUACAGAGGUUUUCCAAAGAUAGAAAUCAAUCAGCUUAAUCUACGUUCUCCAAGAAAACAUAGAUGUAAUUUCCUUGGUACCAUGUACCCUAACUCAUCAAGGGAAGUACUAUUAAAAGUCAUCAAUGAAAAUAAUCUCCAGGAUUACUGCUACUUUAAGACAAGACAACAAUGGGAGCCUGAUGAAUCAGAAGCUAGUCUCCAAGCAUACAUUAAUGUAAUCCUUCAGAGUGAUCUCACCCUAAGUCCUGUUGGAAUGAAUGUUGAGUGCUACCGUAUCUAUGAAGCAUGUGCUCUAGGAUCCGUCCCUGUCGUAGAGGAUAUAACCACCAAGGGAGAUUGCAGCCCUAAUCCAUUAAGACUCUUGAAAAAACUGGGAGCACCUUUUAUUUUCAUCAAGGACUGGAAGGAGUUGCCAAGGAUCAUGGAGGCAGAGAUGAAGAUGUCAGUUGAUGAGAUUGUCGAUAGGAGAAGAAGACUUGUUGCUUGGUAUGAAACGUUUAAAUACAAGAUGAAAGAUAUCUUGCUCGGGAAAAUAGGAGAGGUAUUUAAAGAAGAUGCGUUGAGGUGAUGUCAUCUGUCUUUUAUGCCUUGUCACAGUGGUGAUUCUCUUGCAGAAGUAAGGGAAGUAGGGAUCAACUCCUUAACAUUUUUGUAAGCAGAAAAGUACAAAAAACACCAAAUCAAUAAACCAGGUUAAUACUCAUAGUUUUUAGCUAUAAGGGAGAAUGAAACAGAAAUAUCAAAGAACAAGAACAAUGAAAGUUUGAGUAAAACUGGACAAGCAAUAAGAGAGUUGUAAGCAUUUGAAUGUCAAGAUUAUCCUCCCAUUUGCAAUGUAAGCAAGAACUGUGAUGUCACACAUGUGGAACUUUCCUCUUUUGACAAUUCUCUAAAAUAUCUCCUUUUUUUUGUCAUUCUAAUGAUAUGACGAACAAUUCAUCCAUGAUACAAUGUAUUGAAACCUCUAUUACAUGUCCUCUCAUUAAAAAAGAGCACUUGAUCGUGUGAGAGAUCAGAUGAAAGAAAUAAUUUAAGUGAAAUAUUUAUCAAAGUAUUGGGGAACUUGUACAUUGUGACAUCACAGAUAUUGGUUGCAUUGCAAGUGGUAGUGAUGAUAAUGAUUUGUUUAACUUGAUUGCUAUUAAAGCAUGAAUGCUUGUAAACAAGCAACCAGAGGACCGACGGUUUAAAGUCCUCUCCGAAGGAGGAUCUAGGUUACAGAGUAUUAGUGAUCAAAACUUUCAUUGAUCUGAUUCUUUGAUUUUUCUCUUGUAUGUGAAUUCAUCUGUUUUGAAGGGUUUAUUCUCCUUUAAAACAGGAGAUCUUGAAAUCCAAGCAAAUUUUUAAUUGGCAAUGUUUUCAAUACUCUUCCCCAAUUGUUGUGUAAUUCUUUUUUUUUAUUCUUAUUCCUAACGUUCUCACAUUUGGGCAUGACUCUGAAUAUAUCAUGUAACAUGUAGCCCAGUCAUUUUAGCACAAAAUUUGGUCAAACUUGGAACAAAUUGCAACAGAUUUUCUUUUUUCAACACAAUGGAUUUCUGUGAGGUCCCUAGUACAACAUACAAGUCCCAAAAUAUCUGAAUAGGGGAAAUGCAUCUAAUUUGCAUAAAUCCAAGAUGGCUGCCAAAAUUAAUUGAUAUGCCUUAUUCUUGAUAUUUUCGCACAGGCAAUAGGUAAAUCUUUAAUGAAUAUGCAUUUUACUAUGAUUAAGAUUUUAGAAAUCGAUUGCUUGACUGUCCGGUUAAUAUAUUUUUUUUAAUGUGAGAAUUUAUGCCAAUAUUUCCAUGUUUUGGGUAAAAAAUUUGCAUGUGCAUUGAUAUCUUUCUGUUGUAUCAUUAUCAUCAACAGCUAAUGCAAAAUAUCAGCAUUUGACACGAAAGGGGAUAUAACAAAAAUAUUGAUAUGGUUCAUGACAAUAUUAACCGAAGUGUUAAUGUCUUAACUUUCUUAGAUAAAAGGCAAAUACCUCCUAAUAUUGAGAUAAAUAAUACAAAAAACCAACCUUCGUGUCUUAGUCACAUUAUUGAUAUUGACUUCAAUGCUGGCAUGCCUUUAAAGAGAGUACAAUAGAUUAAAUCGGUCAUGCCUCGCCUUUGUUGAUGUGACUAACGUGCAGAAAUACAUGUAAUGUGCGUAGCGAUAGAAAGUUGAAUAUAACUUACAUGGGUAUGUGGGCAAAACGCGUUUUCAACAUAAUAAAGCAACUUUUAUGUUAAUGAAAUUGCUUUGAAAAGUUAGAGGAAGCAUUGCUCUACAUGCUCCAUGCAAUUACAUUUGGGCACCGUAAGCAUAGUCCCGCUAGAGCCUGUUGAAGGUACCCCUUAUCCGUAGCUUAAUUAAAAUAUUGUGCUUUUAGGAGUCCCCAAUGUGACAAAAUUGUUAUUUUGCUACAGAAAAAACAACUUUUAUUUGGAGGCAAAAGAGUAGGCUUCGCUAUCAGUUACAUAUAAAGAACUGAUGGCACAGCAAAUCCUACCGCUUCAAGGGGCUGCCGGAGUCACCAACCCCUUUUUUGUAUUUUGCCCAUUUCUUGAAAAAUUCACACUUUUUUAGCCCCAUUGAGGCCAAAAGGUGUUUCCCCUUUUCAGUAAACCACUUUUAUUGUUUUGUAAGCUCUUGGGGAUGGAAAAAUAGAUUUUCCUCCAUCAGCUAAAUAUAAAGAAAUGCUGGCACAGCAAAGCCUACCCCCUCAGGGGUCUGCCAAAGUCACCCACCCUUUUUCCUUAUUUUGCCAAUGUAUGGAAAAAUCUAUAAUUCGGAGCCCUCAUUGAGGCAGAAAGGUUGUUUCUGCUAUAUAGUAAGCUACUUGUUUUAAAACCACUUG